AUGUACAGACUGCACGGAAGGGGUUUAGAACAUAUGGUGAACAGUAAAGGUUCGGUGGGAGACGGCAAUGAAUCGGGCGGCGGAUGGUUUUCAGACCCUUUAGUCCAAAGACUUACGUCUGGCUCUUCAUUACUGUCUGGCGCUGAGGGCGGAUAUGUUUGCGAUCUAACCCACGACUGGUCAACCAAUGGUGGCUUUGGCGGAGGCGGA